AGUGGCUAGUGCCCUCCAAAACAAAGAGCCGGCCCUGAGAUCCGGCGCUGCUCGAGGUAAUCUCCCGUCGGGACCCCUGUGCAGCACGCGCGUGUGCAGGCGAGAGCAGGCCAAUGGCGGAGGCGGCGAAAGGGGAGGUUAACGCGACGGCAGUCUGCGACGAUGGAUGCGGCGGCGGCAGAUUUAGGAGAUGGCUUUGGCAGGGAGGCUGAGGCGACGGCAGCCGGCGACGAUGACCAGGAUGCUGCGGCGCGGGGCACGUCUCCAUCAUUUCGCCGCACCUCCUCUCGGCGGCGUCCCACAUGUAGCAGCUGCCUCACUCCUAAAUACAGUACAUUACAGGCAAGCUGCCUCACCCCUAGUAGAAAUAUAAAUUUCCUCCAAAUUUAUAACGUGUAGUAGGUUGCAGACCCCGAUUAUUUUCUGCCAUUUUAGUUGGGCUGCAAGGAUGUGCCAUCAGGAGCUGCAGCACUUGGAAACCAACAAACAGCGCCAGAAGAAAAACUGCAGCACGAGGCAUCAUCAGGUUCUCGCCAUCAGUUCAGACAGACACAACAGGAGAAAGAUGAGUAUAUUUCUUGUCGCAGCCAUGGUGGCCUGCCUUGUCAGCCAUGGAGCCGGCACGGCCAUGGCUUCCGCAGCUUGGGACGACCAAGAUUUCUUCAGAAACUGUCCGCCAUCUCGGUGCAGCAGAGAUGGACCCGAGAUCCGGUUUCCGCUCCAGCUUGAUUUCAGCAACACAUCAUCAUCAUCAUCAUCAUCAUCAUCAUCACCAUGCGGCGCUACUACAUGCGUGAAGCUAGCAUGCUCAGGCCAAGACACCAUCAUGCUUCACCCACUUCUUGGCCCAUGCAAUGUCACCGCCAUAAAUUACACCGGUGCCUCCCUCAGCAUCACCCCGCUUACCUCCGCCUGCACGAUGAUUCAGAAGCUCGUCUCGAUGAGUUCACCACCGGCUGACGCCGGUCACCGCUGUGCGCCACACUACAGCCAAGCUGGAAAGCUUGUAGGCUGCUCAAGGGAGUUCACGCCAAGGGGAAUCACUCAGUAUCCUGCCCGUGAUGAUAGAGGUGGUUUCUAUGCUUCUGCCCCAGCCGCCGCUGCCAUUGCUGGCCCAAUCUCCUGCCAUAGCAACGAAACUCACUUCUCGUAUUUGGUGGCAACUGAUGCUUUCAUGUAUGAUCUUCCAUUGGACUGCACGGUCAUCUCAGAUGCCGCCAUCCCGAUAUUUGGCACGGGAUAUUAUGACUCAGCAUCCAACAAUCACAGCGUGGAUCAAGGAACCCUCCGUUUUUAUGACAUAGUGACUGACUGGAGUGAACAGGAGCAGACAUCCGUUGCCUCCCAGUGCCAAAAAUGUGAGUUGAAUGGGCAACGUUGUGCCUUCAGCUCACAAAGGAAUGAAACAUUCUGCUCGUCUCAACCUCAUAAAGGUUCACGUGUCAAAGUCAUUGCAGCUACAUCAUCGGCGGCCGUAUUCGUUGUUCUUCUGUUGAUGGUGAUCACUGCUCUUUAUCUUUCACUGAAAACAAGAUACAAUGAAGAGAUACACUUGAAAGUCGAAAUGUUUCUCAAGACAUAUGGCACAUCAAAACCAACAAGGUACACUUUCUCCGAAAUUAAGAAGAUAACGAGACGGUUCAAGGAUAAACUAGGACAUGGUGGAUUUGGAAGCAUGUACAAAGGUGAGCUGCCAAAUGGGGUUCCUGUGGCCGUCAAGAUGCUUGAGAAUUCUAAUGGAGAAGGGCAGGAAUUCACCAAUGAAGUUGCAACUAUUGGGAGAAUCCACCAUACAAACAUUGUCCGCCUCCUUGGCUUUUGCUCUGAAGGGGCAAGAAGGGCUCUUAUUUACGAAUUCAUGCCUAAAGAUUCAUUGGAGAAAUAUAUAUUCUCAGGUAAUUCUAUUAUUUCUCGAGAACUGCUCGUACCGGACAAAAUGCUAGAUAUUGCUUUAGGCAUUGCUAGAGGAAUGGAGUACUUACAUCAAGGAUGCAACCACCGCAUACUCCACUUCGACAUCAAGCCUCACAAUAUCUUACUGGACUACAAUUUUAACCCGAAGAUAUCAGACUUCGGCCUUGCAAAGCUGUGUACAAGGGAUCAAAGCAUCAUCACCUUGACCGCAGCAAGAGGCACUAUGGGCUACAUCGCCCCAGAGAUUUACUCUAGGAACUUUGGUGAGAUAUCCUACAAGUCAGAUGUGUACAGUUUUGGCAUGUUGGUGUUAGAAAUGGUGAGUGGACGGAGGAACUCAGAUCCAAGCACUGAGAGCAAGAACCAGGUAUACCUCCCGGAGUGGAUCUACGAGAAAGUAAUCACUGGAGAGGAACUGGUGCUUACUCUGGAAGUGGCACCAGAAGGGAAAGAGAAAGCAAGACAGCUGGCUAUCGUCGCACUUUGGUGUAUUCAGUGGAACCCUAGAAACCGGCCAUCAAUGACGAAGGUGGUAAACAUGUUAUCGGGAAGCUUGCAGAAUCUGCAGAUGCCCCCUAAGCCAUUUAUCCCAUCUGAAAAUGACCGCAUGCCAUAGACAAACAUGGAGAUAUGUAUCACCAUAGUCUAUUGGUACUAUACAUUUGAGAGAUAUAGUUGAUUCAUGUGUGUAUUGCUCUUUACCGUGCCGUUUUGAGCAUGUAUACAGUUUUUAUUGGUGAGUCAACUGUGUUAGCUACUCCCUCCGUUUCUAAA